UGUCACCACAGCCUGGCGACGGAGAGUUGAGUCAAGCCUGAGGAGUUUUGCUCCUCCUUCCUAAAACUCUGGAGGUGUUGCGCUCCUGCCACUCAGUAAAAACACCACCGUGUUCCUAAAGUUCAGACGUCUGGUUGGACGCAACCUGUGCGGGACGGGGAGGCUCCGUAUGUGCGCUUUAUGGUGAUGUGUGUCAGAGCUUGCCUUCAGGAGAAAUUAUUCCUUCCUAAUGAAUGACCGUACAAGAGUCUUGAAAGUCAUUAUUUUACUACGCUACGUGGUCUCUUGUGGAUAAAACAACGCACGUUUGCUUCCCAUUUCGCAUUUUACAGGAUUCAAUCACAAAGGCUAGGCAGUGAUCAAUGAUGCGGCCAUUAUCUCCCCUGUUUCAUCUCAUUUUGUUUCACUUACUCUGUGGAUCUCUGACCAGCAGAUGUCCUCAAGAUUGCACUUGCAACCCCAUUGGUGCUAUCUUCUGCGUCCAGCAGAACUUGAGCAACAUGCCUCGUGGCCUCCCCUCGUCCACAAAGAACCUGUACGUCUUUCAGAACAACCUCAACACAUUGCAGCAGCAGGACUUUACAGAGCUUGGCGAGCUUAGAAUGCUGGACUUGAGUCAGAAUGCCCUCGGUGAAAUCCCUGAUGGGGUGUUCAGCCCACUCUCCUCUCUAAACAACCUUGAUCUCUCUUCAAACCACAUCACCCACAUUUCCAAAGACAGCUUUGCUGGACUGGUCAACCUGGAAAGGCUGUAUCUCUACAGCAACCGCAUUCAGAGCAUUCACCCAGCUGCAUUUGAGGGACUAGACAACCUACUGGAGCUGAAACUACAGGGGAAUCAGAUUAGUGUGUUGCCAGCUUUGCAACUGCCCAAGUUGCUCCACUUGGACCUUAGUUAUAAUAGUAUCCCACCUAUUGGACCUAAAGAUUUACAGACACCACACCUUGAGUCUCUUAAAAUAGCUGGACUGCGGCUGACCAGUCUGGAUGAGGAGCUGCUAAGCAGCCUGGUGAACCUACAUGUUCUGGAUGUUUCCCAGAACCUGCUUGUAGAGAUUCAACCUGCACUGAAGGCAAUGGGGGGCCUACGAAACCUAAAUUUAACUGGUAAUCCCUUGGGAUCCAUAAAACGAGAAGACUUCCGAAAUUUGGUUAAUUUGCUAGAGCUUGACUUGAGCAACAUUAAUUUGCAAGGCUUCCCCGAGGGCUUCUUCAACCUUUUCCCCAAACUUGAGAAGCUCACUGCGGCAGAAAACCCCUUUAACUGCCUCUGCCCACUGGCCUGGUUUCCAGCAUGGGUAAAGGAUGCUCAAAUAGAACUGCUGAGAAUGGAGGAGACUCGUUGCCACUUUCCACCAAUAAACUCAGGAAAGUUUUUAGCAAAGUUGGAGCAUAAAGAUUUUGGCUGUCCCACUACGACCAUUGUGUUAACAAGUGCAGGGACAAGCAGUACUACAAGCAAGCCCAUAAACUCCACCACACCAUCAGACACAACACACGCCAUUCCCCCGGUGCCACCAAGUGAGAUGCCCUCAGCAGAAACAGACAGCUUCCCUCUUUCCCAGACCACUGCCUUCCCCAGAGAAAUCAUAGAAGAUUCUGAAGAAGAGGACAUUAUAUGCCCCUCCAAUAUCUGUCUAAAUGGGGGAACAUGUGUAUUUGACUCAAAUGGGGCAGUUGUUUGCCUGUGUCCACCUUCAAUGUCAGGACUCUACUGUGAGAUUCAAAAUCCAAGCUUCUUUCCUCCACCUUCGCCAAGAGUUUCUAUCGAGACCAUUGCUACAGUCCACCCCAACACAAUCAGCUCCCUUCACAUAACCAGCACUUCCAUUUCAUUAGACCUUCACCGUUACAUCCAAACACGACCACACAUCCGAGGAAUCCGUCUGACCUACAGAAACUUGUCAGGCCCCGACCGACGGCCACUACAGCUGAAUGUGCCUCCAACUUACCCUGAAUACACGCUUAGAGGGCUGCAGCCAAAUAGCACCUAUUCUGUAUGUGCUAGUCCUCUGGGAGAGCCUGUCCAUGUCUCGGUUAGUGCCUGCAUGGAGGCUCGCACUACAGGAAUCUCACACUCCUCCCACGUGCCAAGUUUUAACAAGACUGAACCUUCUUCCUCUCUCAUACCCAUCGUGGCAGCUGUGGCAGUGGUGAUGGUUGUGGCCAUUGUAGCUACUGUGGUGGUUACCCGUCACAGGAGGAGAUCCAAGGCUCCAGUAGAUAUGGACUUACAUGAGACAUCUCCUCUGGAGUUAGAGGGAGUAAAAACCAGUCCAGAGAAUGGUCUGACACAUCCGAAACAACCCGACAUCACCCCUUGCCCAUCUUUAGUGCAAAAUACCAUUGAAUACGAGGCACCUUUAAUACAAGGACAGUGUCCAGCCAACAAUAAUGUAGCUUGUACAAAACCUUUGUAUGUGUAAAAACCAUAUUGCGCUAUUCAUACCUCCAGCCCACAGAGGGCAAUGUGCUCCAUGACUCCUGCAGGCGGGUGCGAUGUAGACACUAGAUAGACUCUGGUGGGUUGGUGAACAUUUUAAUGCAUCCCAGCCAACUGACUGCCAGUAUUUAAACCAGGUGCAUUUGCCAUCAACAUUUUUACAGAUGCCUUAAAGUGCCCUUUAUAACCAUAAAUAUCAGACUCUAUCAAGAAUUUCUCUCUGAGAAGUGGCCAGACAUUACUGAACACAGUUUGAUAGACUGGAAAACAGGUUUCUUUAAAGGUUGCUCAUUAAUUGUGUAGCUGGCUCUGGAGUCAGCUACACGAGUCAGCCUGGACGCCUGGACUUUUUUUGUCCAGAAACAAAUUGCACUGAUCAGAGACACUGGGACUGUGCCUAAGAGGUGCCUAGAGAAGCUGAAAGUGAUCAGCCUCUUAAAAGAUGCUUCAAACAGGUUUUAAACAUCCCUCUGUUCCUCUACCCCAUCUGUCCUGCACAGGAGAUUAUUUACUGUGAGAAAAAACCCCCAAAACAAAACAAAAAAAAAAACAUGAAGAGACAUUUUCUUACAUUGUCUAGUUUACGCUGUUAUGUUCAAGCUGUGUUAUUAUGUUUUUGUAUUUUUAAAGGAACAGUUCACCAAGAAUAAAUUCUGGUAUUGACUUGCCCUCAUGUCAUUCCAAACCAAUUGUCUUCCAUGAAUAAAAAAAAAAACUAAAUUUUGUAGAAAGAAACUCACAUGAGUUUGGGAAGAGUUUAUGAGAGUAAAUGAAAUCUAAAUUUUUGGGUGAACAAUUUUUUUUAAAGUGCCAAUUCUGUGUCGCUUUUUGUGUUUAGUUGUUGUGUUUGUUUUGACUUGUAAACAUGAGACUGUAGCAAACAUUCUUUCUCCUCUCACUUGAGUGCAACAAGUUAAAAUGCUUUUACUUGUAAAUGUAAACAAACUCACUUUACAUGAGUGAAGUCUUCAUCCUGCGUCUGACAAAGAAACACUUUGCAAGACUAUAAACACCGCAGCCAUUUUUGACCUCAAACUAAUUUUACACAUUAACAAACACACUAGUACUAUUUAAUGAUAUGGAUAACAAACGCUUUUAACAAAGGUGUUUUUUUAAGUGACAGCUUUCUAAAAAUGUCCUGUACUCAUGCUUCAUGGGCGCCAAACACAAGCUAGGGGAAGUCUUCAAAGCCAGUUUUUUUUUUUCUAUUUGUUGCCAAGCUGAAUGCAGAUGGCUUUGCUCAUUUGUUUCAAGCAGACUAUGAAAACUAACAAAAGCUUCCUUGGUAGAGUGAUGGUAUCAGGUGCUAAUACCAUGGUACUUGCAUAUAUACCAGGGUACGGAAUGAUUAAAAAAUACUAUGCCAAAAAAAUAUUUUUCAACUUGAUUUUAAUUUUUAAUUUAAUUUGUUAAGCUGAAUUAAUCAGCUUCCCCAUGAAUCGUCAUUAAGUGUUUACGUCAGAAAAUAAUAUAACAAGACCCAUGUACAACAAGACUGAGUUUUUCUGUGUGAAAGUGCAAAUGUGUUUAAGCCAAAAGUGUCAUUGUGGAAUUGCAUGUUUAUGAGCAUUAUCAGCGCAGUAAAGUUGUGUUAAGAGAAAUGGAGCCAGUAAUCUAAUCCAAAGUGAGGAAAGGUCAACUGUCAAAUUCUCCCCACUCUCAGCAGCCCCUUUUUUUAGCCCUGCACCACAUAUUUGUGACCGUAUGAAGUGUGUGCGUUGAAGAUGUCAGCAUCUAGCACAUCUAAAUGUUUGAACUGGAAAGAGGAACUGCUUUAAACAGCAUGAGGGACUUUUAAAUAUUUUAAAAAUGUUCAAAACCGCUUUCAAGUCUCAUGCUCGCUUUGGAUGCUUGUUGUUUCUCUCUUUUAUUGUGCACAAAGCCAAGUCUUCUCUCUCUUUUUUUUUGUAUGUAAAAAUGUGUACUUUUUGGAAGAAAAAUGUGACAUCUGUUGAGAAAAUAAAAUGGAAAAAACA